UUUUUUUAGAGAUUCUUUUUCCAGGAAGAAAAUUGCUGGAGCAUACGUUUGAUAGGCAGGAAAUAUACUGUAGAGCCCAGAUUUUUAUGUGCGUCUUCAGAAACUGUCUGCGACGGUCGUCACGCACGGGACGAAAAUCCGCGCGAGCGCCGACUUGUCCGCGUAAAAAAGUCGGACCUGGUUCGACUUUUCUUUUGCCCGUGGACAAAAACAUGUCCGUUGGGGCAUCCAUUUUCCCCCUCAGCUGGCCGUUUCGUCUCCUCUCCACCGCGCGCCUCGUCCUCCUCUCUACCGCCUUCUCCACCGCGGCCCUCGUCCUCUUCUCCACUGCAGCAGCAGACAGCAACUCUUCCUCCUCUCGAGCUCCUCCGCAGCACCACUCAGCCAGCCCUUCAUGAGGAAACUGCACUCGAGCUAAUAGACUUCGUCAUUCAAUAACUCUAUAGAGUAAAAUCCCGAGGCCCAAGCUAAGAGACUUUGUCCUAUAGAAAGUUGGGUAGGAUGAUCUUAGAAGGCAACAUCUCUUCUACUGGGUUUGCAGUUUCCUGUUGAAUUUUGUAGCGUGUUGUCGGUUUGUUUUUUCAGCCAUGUGUGUGGUGAUCGCUAAAGAACACCAACCUUCACUUGUCUUCCAAAAGAAUCUCAUACUUCCAGCUUCACUGUGUAUAAGGCGUCGGUGUCAUGCUUCUAAUCAUCUUCAGUGGACUGCAUGGAUUACCAGACACAAAGUUCUGCCUCGUCUUCGUGUUGUCCAAACUGUUUUAUCCUAUUCAGUUACCAGUACAAGAAACAGCCUCAGUGGUCGUGAACAAGAUCCUCCAAUAGGUGCUGACAGUGGGACACGUUUAAUCAAAGCUGUCCAGUCUUUUGGAACCAAGUUGAAUGAGAAAGUAGAGAGGUUGAAGAAGGGUUUGCCUAUCAAGAUACUAUCCUUUCUUGUUGGCUUCUACUGUGCAACUGCUUUCGCUACUGUGAUAGGACAAACGGGUGACUGGGAUAUACUUUCAGCUGGUUUGGCUGUGGUUAUAGUUGAAGCAAUUGGUGCCCUCAUGUAUAGAGCAUCUUUUCCUCUCUUUGAUAGAAUCAGAAGUCUCAUCACCUUUUUUAAUUACUGGAAGGCCGGUCUCUCAUUAGGCCUUUUCUUGGAUUCGUUCAAGUAUGAAAUCGAUACGAUAUUUGGGUUGUUUGACUCUUCCAAUCUUGAAAUAGAUUUGUUUCCUCUAUUUUGGUAAUUUGAUG